ACAGGCAGUUGUUGCUCAGUGAGUGAGGAGCCGGCUACGAGCUCGGCCCCGGGGAGGAGAUGAGGCCUACUCUUGGCUGCUAUUCCCCGCGUUCUGCUCCAUCGUGCACCCAGCAGCCACCCGUCAGAGCGGCGGAGGAGGGAUGACGGUUUCGGGUCUGCGGAACCGUCAUGGAGACCGCUAAGAGUCCCGAAAGAAAGCGCCGACGCAGCCCAGGAGUGCGGCCGCUGAGAGAGCGGCUCCCCGCCCCCCUCAACGUGCAGCCCAUCAACGGCAGCCGCCGAGCCGAGCUCCCGGAGGAGAAGGAGGCGGGGCAGGUGAGCAGGCCGCGGCUCCCCGGCGGCAGCUUCCGGCCCCGCUACAGCCUGCUGUCUGAGAUCGGGCGCGGCAGUUACGGAGUGGUGUACGAGGCGGUGGCACGGAAGAGUGGAGCCCGGGUGGCGGUGAAGAAGAUCCGCUGCGACGCCCCGGAGAACGUGGAGCUGGCCCUGUCCGAGUUCUGGGCCCUGACCAGCCUGCGCCGCCGCCACCCCAACAUCGUGCGCUUCGAGGAGUGUGUGCUGCAGCGGAACGGCCUGGCCCAGAAGAUGAGCCACGGCAACAAGAGCAGCCAUCUCUACCUGCGCCUGGUGGAGACCUCGCUGAAAGGAGAGCGAAUUUUGGGCUACACAGAAGAAGCUUGUUACCUAUGGUUUGUCAUGGAGUUCUGUGAAGGGGGUGAUCUUAAUCAGUAUGUCUUGUCCCGGAGCCCAGACCCGGCUACAAACAAAAGCUUCAUGCUACAACUGACAAGUGCCAUUGCUUUCCUGCACAAAAACCAGAUCGUUCAUCGGGAUCUAAAACCUGAUAAUAUUCUGAUCACAGAGCGCUCGGGUUCCCCAGUGCUAAAAGUAGCCGACUUUGGCCUCAGCAAAGUCUGCGCUGGACUGGCUCCCCGGGGGAAGGAGAGUACUGGUGGUGGUAGCAAUGAAAACAGGACUGUAAAUGUCAACAAGUACUGGCUAUCAUCUGCUUGUGGCUCAGACUUCUACAUGGCUCCUGAGGUGUGGGAAGGACACUAUACAGCAAAAGCUGACAUAUUUGCUCUGGGAAUAAUCAUCUGGGCCAUGAUAGAGCGGAUCACCUUUGUAGAUGCAGAGACCAAGAAGGAGAUUCUGGGGACUUACAUCAAGCAGGGCAGUGAGAUUGUGCCUGUAGGGGAAGCACUGCUAGAGAACCCAAAGAUGGAACUUCACAUCCCACAGAAACGCAGAACUUCCAUGUCUGAGGGCAUCCGUCAGCUGCUUAAAGACAUGUUGGCUGCUAAUCCUCAGGAUCGGCCAGAUGCUUUUGAGCUGGAGACGAGGAUGGACCAAGUUACAUGUGCUGCUUGAGGCAAUGCCCUGGUGUAAUAUGGGAUCGAGGUUCGUGCUGUCUCUGGCGAUCUGGACACUGUGCCUCCCUUCUUUGCUCUUGGAAAGUUGACUGGAUCAUCUGUGAUGUGUUCUAGAAUAAAACUAGAGCUUGGUUACUAUAUCCUUGGCCAUCACUGGUGCUAAUUACUCAAUAUCUACCAUGGGACUAGUUCCUCUGCAUUACCCUGUUGGCAUCAUAUGGGCACCCUCUACCAGGCAGCUGGAUUAAGAUGGCAAUAUGGGGGCAUUGUGGCAUACAAAUUAAUGCUAACUGUAGGUUAACCCUCGAUGCAAUACGUUGCAACACCCUUAUUCGCUAGUAGCAGGAAACCAGUUUAUUUGUUCAUGAUAUUCAAGUUAGUUGGCCUUUUUGGGGUAGCACCUUAAGUGCUUGCAAAUCUGUCAGGUGAGCUGUUCUGUGCCUGCAUUUAUGGUCCCAUUUUAAGACUUGAGCUCCAAAACCUCCAUCUCCCCUCCAAUGUAGCGCUUGUUAACAUGGAGAAGUCUUAAAUGGUCUUUUGCAGGCCCAUCAGUGUUUCUCUCCCACAAUCCUUCACUUCUAUCCUAAACCCACACAAACUCCCCUUCCCUCUGCUUCUCUUCAAUCACCUCUGGGGGGACCUAUAAAAAGGGUUCAUUUGGUCUUAACCAUGGCACUGCUCUGAAUCCUGCACUUACUGUCUCAGGGAUAUCUGACUAGUGGUUGCAAUAAAGUCCCUUUCCUGUGCCUCACUUUCCUGGCUGCACCUUCCUGACAUCUGCAUGCAGAGAUGGGUAGACCUUUUUUUUUUUUUUUUUUUUUUCCUACCGAAGUGCCUAUUUGUCUGGUGCUGUCCUAGCAUACACACUGUGGGAGACAUAACUGUAGUAUAAUGGGCAUUGGGAGGGAGGCUUGCACCCUUUAGCUGUCACUUGUGUUUGGAGCGCUGUGCCUUAAUUAAUCCUUUUGCUUCUGGCACUCACUAAUUAUAACUGCAAUCCACCAGUCAUCAGAUAACCCACCAACCCUUUCUUGCUCCUUGUCCCCCACUGCAUGGACUGCAGACUGCUCACCUUUUAAGUAGUAUGUUUGGAGUGUAGAGAGAUUACCAAUGGGGUAAAAAUACUGGCUCAAGAUUAUUUGGUGACUAUGGUAUUCUGUUCUGCUAUAAAGCAGUGUCUCUGGAUUGGGCUUCUCACUACAUAAAGGAACAGGUUUCCUUCAGAUGCCUGAUUGUUUCCAGGGCUUGCUCAGCUUAGUCUAACCCAGUUGAUACAGAGACUAGUUUCCCUUUUAUAGCGGUGAAAGUUCAGUGCUGGAGUAUUUUGGUAGUUCCUAUAAUUUUGGUCGGUGCCCCCAUCUGGUGCCAUAGAUGUGAUUCUGGACAUUACAGGCCCUAUGGGUUGCACAGUGCAGAGUUGCUAAUUGUGGGAUGUCUCAGGUAGAAGCUGUUAUUGAAGAUGGGGGUGUACCAUUUGGGCCAAUACUCCCUUCUUAAAAUAUGUAUUCUAUUCAUGAAUUAUUGGAACAGCGGUCAAAUGCCAGGGAUCCCUGCCAACCUAGAUCUAUUUAAGCACUGAUUGGUCAAUGUUCUGGACAUAGUGGGUGGUCAAUGUUCUGGACAUAGUGGGUGAGGACUGUUAUCUCCUGAAUUAAAUGAUUAUUGGCUUCUGUUAUUUAUACUUGGCUGGGGUGUAACUUUCUACAGAAUUAGAAAUGAUAGGGCAUUUCCCUGUAAGUGCUAUGGGCUCCCUAUUUAGAAUGGAGUACACUCUACAUAGAUGUAUCUAUCCCCACAGCAGAAGUUAACGAUUGAGUGUAUCUGUGAGGGAGGUAAACAGCAUGUUAACACUUUCUCCUUCCUGCAGGCCUAAAGUAAAGGCCACAUCUUCACCCUGCACCUUCAGGUUUAGUGACGUGAUCAUUCCUUUUUGCUGCUGUCUUGUGCUAGAACACAAAGCUCCAAACUCUACUGCAGACCCUCCUGGAAGCGCACCCCCUGUACAGCAGACCUUUCCCCCUACUCAUUGUUUUGCACAUAUGCUGGUGACAGGACCCUUUUUUUUUUUUUUGACUUGGUUGUGAGUUUACAAUGUUGUAUUUAUGUUACUUGUACACUGUAACUCUCCCUGAUGUGUGAAUGGCAGUUGAGAUGUAAGAUAUAUUUUCUUUGUGAACAUUAAUAAAGGGAGUACAAAUA